AUGUGCAUAUUCGCAGCAGGCCUCCUGGGUAUAUCUUUGGCCUUCUUACCUUUCUUUGCCUUGGCAGCUCCUUCUCAGUCCUGCUCGCCAAAGAAGCCCAUCACCAGAGAACGGCAGAAACAGAUCAAGGACGAUUACUUAGCUCUCUGGUGCGGCGACUAUUCUCGUGCCGAUAAAGUUCUGUCCCCGGGUGUGACGCUGAAUAUCGAUCGGCAUCCAACUGCCGAUGGAAGUGCCCCUGUUGUCGUCAACAACUCCAGUGAUUUCAUGAACUUCCUCAGAUGGUCACGCACUGGGUGGGAGAAAUUCAACUUCAAAGUAGUUCACUGGGCUGCGGACGGCCACCACAUCGCCAUUCGUUGGAAACUGGAAGCGGUGAUGGGAACGGAUUAUUGUGCUCCGACAUCUCUCAAGCCAGGUGACGUGGUUUCAUACAACGGCACGGACUUCCUCGUUCUAAACGAGUGUACCGGGUUGGUCGACGAGGUCAACAUUGCCCAGGACAUGAUGAAUCUGUUUCACGCCCUCGAGUUGUUUCUGCCACCCCACCAACGAGACUAA